UUCAUAAAAUCCCAUUUCGGCCUCUUGCCCUUUUCUUCCUCACAGAAAAACCAAAUCAACCACAAAACACAGAGAUGCGCUGACAAAGGCUCUUCAGCUUCAAGUCUUGAUCCCAAGUCCGGAGUUUCAGUCCUAUGAAGUUCUUGUCACUCAUGCUUUAAAAUCGCUUGCUUAUGCUCUUGAAGAUGGAAAGCCCCGCCUGGAUAUUGAUUUCCAAUCGCACACGAAAGAAAGAAAGAAAAUACAUGAUAAACAUCCCCACAGAUGUGUUCGCCAACAUUCUUUGUAGACUCCCUGUGAAAUCUUUGAAGCGCUUCCAAUGUGUUUGCAAAUCCUGGUAUGAACUCAUCAAGAACCCUAAUUUUAUCAUCCAACACCUCCACCAGUACUCCAACAACAAGAAUGUUAGUGAGAAUUGUCUCCUCUUUACGUAUACAACGCCUUGUUGUUGUCAUCCCACCCAUCUUGAGCCAGCUGAUCAUGUCAACUCCCUUUACGCAUACAACAUAGAAGAGGAUGUUUCUCUCCAUCUACUAGAUUUACCAUAUAGAGAUGAGAAGCUAUAUCUUGAUAUUUUUGGUCCCUGCAAUGGCAUGUAUUGUUUAGACCAUCUUCGCAGUAUUAUGCUGGUAAAUGUUGCACUGAGAGAAUUCCAGGUUCUUCCAGAAUUGAGUAUCCAACCUCAUCCGUGUUCAAUGAAAACUGUUGGAUUUGGUUUCGAUCCUAAAACCAACGACUACAAGGUGGUUUUAAUUGUGAACUGCACUUGUAAUGAAGCGCAAACUUUGUGUUUUCCCCUCCAGGUUUUAGUAUAUAGCUCAAGUUGUAAUUCAUGGAGAAAGGCCGAUGAUACUGUGCCGUCUAGUGUUGAUGUUUCUAUCAUCAAGUCUUCUAUUAACACCUAUGUGAAGGGAAACUUUCACUGGCUGGCAGCUAAUUUUGUUCCUGGGGACGUCACGGCUUAUUACAGAGUUCUUUGUUUCAGCAUGUUUGAUGAAGUGUUGCACGAGAUGAGGCUUCCAAGUUGCCUUACUAUUGUGCAGGACUCAGAUAGUACUUUUUAUGAGCUUGCAUCGUAUAAUGGUUCUCUCUCUUUGAUUGUUUCUCCAUGUAAACCACAGGAGCAAUGGUUUGACGUGUGGGUCAAACAAGACUACGACGACGACGACUCUUGGACUAAACUUCUUUCGAUACGUCUUGUUGCAGGUUUUUUUAAGCCAAUGGGAUUUUGGAGAGAUGGUCAAUUUCUUUUGGAAGAUUGCAGCGGGCAACUGGUCUUAUACAACCCAAGUACACACAAUAUUAAGAAGAAUCUUUGUUUUUAUGGGCUUGACAAAUAUUUUUCACAAACUAUUUUUUACUCAGAGAGUCUAGUCUCAGUCAUAGACAGGGGAUGAAGAAUGAAAUGAGCAGAAUAUGUUGUUCGAGUCGUGUCCACUUUACUUUGUAGUUAUUAAUUCAUGGCUUUCCUAGACUAGUUGGUGUAUAAAUUUUUAAAUAAAUUACUGGCUUGAUCAUUGAUAAAUUUUUGGUUCGAUUGAGAAUCAGGUUGAGCCUGUUUACUUA